CCCUUUGUCCGAGUGCGCAGCAGGCGGUCCCCCCUUCGCUUGUGAGGCUGCGGUGUCCACGCCCCAAAGGCUUCUCCAAUUCCCAUCUUCCUCAGACACCCCAGAGGAGUGGGCGAUGGCAGCGGCCAGGCUCCUGCCGCCUCCAGCGGGACCCCAGGUCAAGGUGACCUUUGAGGAUGUGGCCGUGUUCCUCUCUCAGGAGGAGUGGGACCACCUGUGCCCUGCUCAGCGGGGCCUCUACCGACAUGUGAUGAUGGAGACCUACGGGAACGUGGUUUCUCUGGGACUUCCAGGAACGAAGCCCAACGUGAUCUCCCAGCUGGAGCGAGGAGAGGAGCCAUGGGUCCUGGAUGGGCAGGGUACAGCAGAGAGCAGGGGCCUGGGCAGUGGCCAUUCAGAAUGUGAGGACAAGGGAGGAAUCCACAAUAGAGAUUUGAGUCUGAAUCCGGUCAUUUCAGAGGAAAUACUGGUUCCAGGGGAAAGACCUCUGGGGUGCAUUGGUCCCGGGAGCUGUGAACCUGAGCGCAGCUCCUGUCUCAGGGCCGGCCCUGUUGUCCCCCUGGAGGGGCAGAUCGUGCGCCCUGCUGACCCUGCCACUGGGCAGCAGCCCGUUCCCAGCGGGGACAGGCCCUUCAGGUGCAUCGAGUGCGGGAAGGCCUUCGGCCGCAGCUCCCACCUCCUGCAGCACCAGAGGACCCACACGGGCGAGAAGCCCUACGUGUGCGGCGAGUGCGGCAAGGCCUUCAGUCAGAGCUCGGUGCUCAGCAAGCACCGGCGGAUCCACACGGGCGAGAAGCCGUACGCGUGCGCCGAGUGCGGCAAGGCCUUCCGUGUGAGCUCCGACCUGGCACAGCAUCAUAAGAUCCACACAGGCGAGAAGCCGCACGAGUGUCCCGAGUGCCGCAAGGCCUUCACGCAGCUGUCACACCUCAUCCAGCACCAGCGCAUCCACACGGGCGAGCGGCCCUACGUGUGCGCGCUGUGCGGUAAGGCCUUCAACCACAGCACGGUGCUGCGCAGCCACCAGCGCGUGCACACCGGGGAGAAGCCACACGCGUGCGCCGACUGCGGCCGAGCCUUCAGCGUGAAGAGGACGCUGCUGCAGCACCAGCGCGUGCACACUGGCGAGAAGCCCUACGCGUGCGGCCAGUGUGGCCGCGCCUUCAGCGACCGCUCCGUGCUCAUUCAGCACCACAACGUGCACACUGGGGAGAAGCCCUACGAGUGCGGGGAGUGCGGCAAGGCCUUCAGCCACCGCUCCACGCUCAUGAACCACGAGCGCAUCCACACGGAGGAGAAACCUUAUGGCUGCUACGCGUGUGGGAAGGCCUUCGUGCAGCACUCGCACCUCAUCCAGCACCAGCGCGUGCACACGGGUGAGAAGCCCUAUGUGUGCGGUGAGUGCGGCCACGCCUUCAGCGCCCGCCGCUCGCUCGUGCAGCACGAGAGGAUCCACACGGGUGAGCGUCCCUUCCGCUGCACGCAGUGCGCCAAGGCCUUCAGCCUCAAGGCCACGCUGAUCGUGCACCUGCGGACACACACUGGCGAGCGGCCCUACGAGUGCGGCCGCUGCGGCAAGGCCUUCAGCCAGUACUCCGUGCUCAUCCAGCACCAGCGCAUCCACACGGGCGAGCGGCCCUACGAGUGCGGCGAGUGUGGCCGCGCCUUCAACCAGCACGGGCACCUGAUCCAGCACCAGAAGGUGCACCGGAAGCUGUGACACUGUCUGAGAGCCCACGCAGGACAGGCGCGCGGUGCGGAAACGAGUCUUGGCAGGGAGCGCUAAGCGGCCAUUCCGUGGAAAUCCGUAGAGGAAUCGCACUCCUGUAGGGAGUUUGGUACAGCGGCCACAACUCGUUCUUUAACGUCAGACUGUUUCUUUGACGUGGGAAACAAAGGGAGUUACGGCAUAAGGAUUACUGUCACAGUAAGACUUGGUUACGUUCCAAAUAAAGUUUUUUCUUAGAAAAUUAGCAUGCUUUCCUAAAUACAGUGGUUAUUCGGAUUAUUGCACUUAAAAUUAGAGUGCCGUUUUCAGUAUUCAGUUAAAGUACUAAAAUGCUCUGUGGAUAAAAUGCUAUUAAAAGAUGGUCAUCAAGUAGCAUCAGGUAAUACAGCUGGAAAUCCUAAUUGGUGGACCCACGUGUUUUGUAUUUAAAAAAAAAAAAGUCUCAAGAUUAGUGAGAAAUGAUGUAAUCUUAGAAAACAGUUUAUCUAGUGCCUGAACUCUUCAAGAUCAGAAGUGACGUCUUCACUUUUCAGUACAAAUUCAACUCACAGAUGGAUCUUUUUCUCAAAACCCACCCUUAUGACUUAAGGACCCUGUGCCCCAGAAAUCAUGGGUUGUCUUGGGCCUCUGAGUUCCGUUGGAGCAGAGUAGGGGAGCUCCGCAACCAUGCCCAGAUUUCAUACCUGAUGCACCAAUUCGUGUUUCCACAAAAUGAUACUGAAAAGACUUCUUCGAUGCAUAUUUUUAAAACAAAGUUCUCAAAUUCAAAGAUCUCUGUUUUUCUAUCUCAAAUAUUUCUUUCCCUAAGUUUGAAGGGUUUGGUUUUGUUUCCUGUUUUGAUUCCUGAUUCCCAGAAUCCAUUACCAUUGUCAUGUACUGUGAUGAGUCUGGUUUAUUUAAAAUAUUUUUACAGUUCUCAAAAACGUUAUCGGCUUCUCAGGAGAAGCUAAGCACUGGCUGUUGAUCCUUAAGCCCACAGCAGUCCACUGUGACGCAGGUGAAAGCUUGUUUUCCCCUCUAUGCAGACACCGGUGAGGAGCUGAUCACCGAGGUGUGCUCAUAAAUCCCCACAAAGGGGCACCACCAACCCUCGCCGAUGGAGCCCACAGCUGGCAUCUGACUCAGUGGCUGCCGCCCAUACAUAGCCCACCACCACUGAGGGCACAAUUCCUCAUCAUGUGGAAGUUAAAGCAAGAAAUAGCCAUUUUCCCAUCAGGAUGAGAAUAGUCUGGUUAGAUUGUACUGUUCAGAGUACAGAAUGUCACUGUGGCUUUUCUUGCUAUUGACUGCCACUGUCUCGGUGAGUGUCAGGCUCCGUGUCCAUGGAGCUGGGAGGUGAGUACAGCGUUUUCUGGGGAGGCGCCUUGGGCCCAGCAUUUUUGCCAUUGGCUCCCCAAGAAGCAGGCGGUAGCCCCAAGCCUCCUGGAACACGGCCAUCUGCCCUUGGAAGUGGCAUCAGAAGCCAAGGUGACUUCUGGGGUCUCGCUCACCCUGAUAAUAGUCUCCACAGCCAUUAUCUUCCAAGUGACUUGUCAGCAGCAUUCACAAUUCCUUUGGAUUUUCUAAUUUUACUUUGAAGCCUUUACAUUUUAUGUAUUUAAAUCUUUCUAUUUAUACUAUUUCUCUUUGAAGCUAGCAAGAAUGACAGUUCUCUUCAAAUUUUCUAUUAUU